AUGAGCGGAUUCAAACUAUACAGAUCUAGAAUAAUAUUGGCGCUGUCAUCUUAGGCUUAUAAGAGAGCUCAUAAGUUCUCAUCGCAAACAUCCACUGAGCCUGAAUUUGUUGAUUAGCCAUUAAAUAAGCAAAUAAAAUUAAACGAUUAGAGUUUCAUUAAAAUAUAAUAAAAUGAGCAAAAAACAAGCAACCCACCAACACAAAACAUAGAAACUUAGAGGAUCAAUCAAAAUCUAUAAAAAACAGAAACUAAUCCAAUUCAAACCAAAGAAAAACAAGAGAAUAGUGCCAUAAAAAUUCCUUUAUAAAACAAUAACUCAAUUAAUCAUAACAAUUCUUAAACUCAAAAAGCAUCAAACCAAAAUACAACUAUUGAUAAAGAUAUUGUAAUUCAAGCUUCAAAGCAUGAAUAAAAAAAAGAACUACCUUUAUUUAAUGGCUAGAAUAAAUUGUAGCCAAAUAAUUCGUCAUUAUAAAUAUAAUAGUAAUAAUAAGUUAAACAAAAUGGUCAUCAAAUGGAACAAAUGAAUAAAGCUGUAAAAAAGGAGAUUAAGUACUUCAAGGCAUGUGGCUUACAUAAUAUUGGAAAUACCUGUUAUUUUAACAGUGCUCUUUAAUGUAUUAUUAAUACUCCAAAAUUUAAUGACAAAUUUUUAUCCGAUGAAAUCAAAUAAGAGUUAAAUCCAAAGCACAAACAAGUGGCUCUUUAAUAUUGGAGAUUACUAAAGCAAAUGAGAACCACAAAUAAUACCAGUGAAAAUCCAGUUUAAUUGAAAUAAGCUAUUUCAAGUUCAACUAAGAAGUUUGGUGGUCAUAGACAGGAAGACUCCUAAGAAUUUCUAAGAGCACUUUUGACCUGCUUACACGAAGAUUUGAAUAGAGUUACUGGUAAACCUAUCUACAAAGAACUUACCGCUGAUCUUAAUAAAUAAUCACUUGAAGACAUAUCCAAUACAUGGUUUAAUUACUUUAAAGGGAGAGACAAUAGUUUGGUUACAGAUUAUUUCACUGGAUAAUUAUUAAGCAGGGUUACAUGUAGUGUAUGCAAAAACCAAUCCCUAGCCUUCGAUAACUUUUAAGAUUUGUCCUUAGCAUUCCCAAAUAUUUCAGGAAACUAAAUUACCCUUGAAGAUAUGCUAAAAUAUUAUCUGAGUGAAGAAAGCAUCAAUCAAUAUACAUGUGGAAAAUGUAGACAAUAAAGAAAAUGCACAAGAUAACUUGAAAUCUGGAGAUUGCCAGACAUUUUGGUUAUUCACUUAAAAAGGUUCUAUUACAAAGGUCCAAUGAAGAAGAAAAUAAACAUAGAUAUUAAGUUUGGAGCCAAAUUAGACUUGGGUUAGUUUAUCAUUAAUAGUAGCGAUAAAUCAACUUUGAAUUGCAAUUACAAUUUAUAUGGCAUUGUAAAGCAUUAUGGAGAUUUAAAUUUUGGCCAUUACUUUGCAGAAUGCAAACAUCCAUUUACAAUGAAGUGGUAUUAAUUGAAUGAUAGUUCUGUUUAAGAGAUAAAGCCGAAGGUCUCAUAUGAAUCCGAUAAUUCAGCUUAUUUAUUAUUAUACAGUCGUAUCUGA